AUGAAGAACUAUUGGCCUUUUGAAUCAUGGGAGACAAAGAUUGAAUUAAUUUAAAAAUAAUCUUCUCAGCCAAAAGUAAUGGAUAAAACAAAUUUUAGUAUAAAUAUUCGCUGAUCUUGGUGGAUUAAUUUAUUUUGCAAAACCAUCACAGAGUCAACACAAAAUUAGAUGCAAUAUAGAAGAAUUUAAUUAUCAACUUAGAAUUAAAUCCACAAUUCUAAUUCCAAUUAGAAAAUUAGGCUAAGAGAUUUACUUAAUUAGUCAUUCUUCACUCUUUAGUCAAACUGGAUAAAUGGGGUUUACCUUUGAAUUGA